AUGGAAGCGCUACCACCCGCCGCGGAAGCUGUAGACGCCACUAUAUGGCCCUGGGGGACUAGGACCCUGCGUGGACGCCUCGCCGAGCCCCACUUCCGACAGGAGGAGGGAGGGUCUGUUAAUCCGUUUGAGGAGGGGGACGAGCCCAUCGCCCCCCAAGUUAUCCGUUCAGCCCUUGAUAGGACCCUCCAGGCCCAGCUGGCGGAACUCACGUCUUACCGCGCUGAGGGGGAGGGGGAGGCGUUCCGCGUGCGCGACUUCAGCUGGAUGGGGGUUGCUUAUAGCUCACAUCCUCGGGAUGCACUGGAGCUCCGGGUUGGGUGUGGCACGGGUGGGUUUGUGGACCAUUUGCGGAAGAAGAGGUCGGAAGGGCUUUGGAGGGGGAGGGAGAUUGAUGUGCAGGAGGUUACCCCGAGCGCGGUGACCACAGUGCUGAUGAGUACGGUCCUGAACGAGUAUGCGGACACAUUCCCGUUCGACAUCUGGGUGCUGCGGCGCCAUCUCAGCGACACGGCGUUCUACGGUAUGCGGGUUGAGAACCCGUCCCUGUUCUACUGCUUGGGAAUCACCUACUGCACUCGGAACCCAAUCACCAGCCUCAUCAAAGAGAAGAAGUUCACUCUGGCCCUCACAAGCAUCCGCAAGCGGGCUGGCAACACAACGCUCAUCUUGAACGACCUGCCCUGGCAACUAACGGCCUACUGUGCCCCGCUUCCCCGCCAGCUCCUGCAUGAAGGCGAUGAGUUCCGCAUCGCAGAGUGGACAGUGAAGUGCUUCCUCAAGAUUGCCGAGCACUGGGGCGAUGUCCUAGACGAGAUUGAUACGCAGGUUCGCCGAAAGGGCACAAUUAGCACCCAGCAGCUGGAUAGGGCAGCAAAACGCGAUCCCAACCCUUACAUCCGUGCUCUAGAGCUGGUAGAGAACACACUAGCCUUGCUGCGCGAACAUAUGUCCUACAUCCCUCUCCUAACCGGCGAGGUGCUCCCGCGCUCUUGGCCCAUAAAACGGGGGUGCGCAGCACUCUAUGAGUUUGAGCAGCUUUCAAAGCGCAUCAAAUGCAAGAUGCACGAGGCCGUCUUAAUAGCCGAGGCUCAGCGCCCAGCGGCUGAGGCGAAAGUGGAAACACAGGUCGGUAGCUCCCCAAUGACGUUUGGAAUUGCUUUCUUCCCCGUUGUAGUCAUCUUGGUAUUGUUAGGUAGCGCGGCGGGGGAGUUCUUGGGAUGUUUCGUCUUUAUUGUUACAGCGUGUAUAUUACUUUCUCCGGAGCAGCUAAAGAAGUGCGACCCUAGAGGUUAA